CUUGCAUCUUUCAACAACUUGUGCCCAAUUGUCCGUCACUUUCCAGGCCACAUCUAUACAUACAUCCCCUGCUCCGAUCAGUCUUUGCCGGAUCUCUCUAAUUGAAGUAGUUGUGGAUCGCACAAUUAAUUAAUCAAUUUAGGAUGAUGAUUUAUUGGUAGCAACAGUGAAUUAAUUGAACUUGUUGUUUUACUAGUGGUGGUGACAAAAAAAAAAAAAGGAAAUAGACAAAUUAAGAAAUGAGUGUGAGCAACGCGUCAGUGCAUCCAGUUGAUGCGCCACCGUUACAAACGGAAGCAGCGAACGUGCCGCGCGUGAGAAUGAAAGAUGUACAAGGCAUGCCUGGCACUAUUGGUGGAUUCUUCUUACGUUUCGCUCAGUUUGUUUUUGCUGUUGUCUCGCUUUGCGUCAUGUCUACUACCGGUGAUUUUCCUUCCGUUACUGCUUUCUGUUACCUUGUUGCUGCUGCUGGUUUACAGAGCUUAUGGAGCUUGUCUCUAGGAAUUCUUGAUGUUUAUGCCCUUCUUGUUGGACGGUGCUUGCAGAAUUCUCGGAUUGUGAGCUUAUUUGCUGUGGGUGAUGGGGUCACUUCUACCCUCACGUUUGCUGCAGCGUGUGCUUCUGCUGGAAUUACUGUCCUGAUUGGCAAUGACCUUGGUGUCUGCUCUCAAAAUCACUGCUUAGAGUUCGAGACUGCUACCGCCAUGGCUUUUCUAAGCUGGUUCUGUGCUUUGCCAUCGUUUCUCUUAAACUUUUGGUCGCUUGCGUCCCGGUGAAGAGGGGCUCUCAUGGAAAUUACUUGAACGACGUCAAAAUAUCUUGUGAGAGUACUGUUUUUGUUUUGAUAUUGCAAAUGUUUGUCCAGAUGAUCAAUGUCCAAAAAACAAAAAAAACAUACAAUUGGCUGCUGCGGUGUGUAAAUACAGAUUGCGUGAAACUGGUUAAUAUGAAAAAUUGAGUUGUGUGUCUGUUGCUAGA